AUGUCAAUACUGCCGCUUGCGAAUAAGCCAUUCAAGCCCUCCAAUCAAGAUCUGGGAGAGAAGCCGUGGAAAUACCGUGGGUACCAUCAAUUCACUUCUUUCGUAGCAUCAGACGAUACCUUCUUUGUCUUACGGCGCUUUGGCAAGUUGUCGGCAAGAAUUUUGCUUAGUCUCCAGGACGAAAUCUCGGAGCUCGAGAGCAAGCUAGAGUCUCUGGAGAGUCUUUUUGCGCAUCCGAAUACACCAGAUACGCACAACGGGACAUUCAGAGGGGAGAUAUCACAAGACAGGAAGCGUUACAUCUCAAGCAUCAACAAAAAGCUCAGGGACUAUACUCCGAUCGAGACCAGAGAUUCGAGAGAUUGA